AUGACUGAAGGUGUGGUGAACCUUGAUAAUAACUAUGAACCACUCAGUGUUGACUAUGGUGCUGAAUGCCUAAAGUAUGAAGGAGGGGGUUUAAGAGUGGGGCAAUAUAUUCCACAUGCCCAAGCUUUUAGGGAGGCUAUGUAUCGGUUUAGUAUUGCACAGAAGUUUGCAACGACAUAUGUGAGAAACAGUAGGGUGAAGAUGAAUGUGAGGUGUAAAGUGGAAGGGUGUCCAUGGAAGAUUUGUGCAAAUACUGUUGGGAGGGAUACUCUUUUAUUAUGCGUGAUCACAUUCGUUAAUGAACACAUUCAUUUAGCACAAGAUAAUCUAGAUGUCACUUAUGCUAGCAAUGCUGCAUUGAUGUCAUCAAUAAUACUUGAGGAGAUAAGAAACCAAAUCGAAAAGCAUCCCACUGAAAUAAGGAAGACACUGGAAAGGGAGUAUGGUGUGAGGCUAACAUAUACUCAGGCUUACAGAGCAAAAGAAAAGGCCAUGGAACACAUACAUAGGAAACCGGAAGAAUCCUAUUUGUUCAUACCAUGGAUAUGCCAAAGAUUGAAGGAAACUAAUGAUAAAAUCGUUGAUGAAUGGGUUGUAAUUGGUAAUACAUUUGAGCGAGUUUUCAUUGCAUAUGGUUCGUGUAUUGAGGGUUUUUUGAGUGGUGUAAGGGCUAUAUUAUAUGUAGAUGGAACUCAUUUAAGUGGUCUAUAUAAGGGGACACUAGUCUCAGCGUCGGGAUAUGAUGUAGAUAAUGACUUGUUGCCUUUUGCAAUAGCAGUGGUGAAAUCAGAGAAUCUUGAUGACUAG